AUGACGGAGGUUGAUCUCACUGCACAGUGUUUCUUUUCCAUCUCUAACCGGCCACCGACGGACGGUUGUCCCGAUGCCAAACCGACACAGGACAUGUCGAAAGAGAACCAAGAAAACAGGAUUUUGUUAAUGGUGGUGAUGAUUUUGCUCGACCUGAACAAAUGUAACCAGAACACACGCAGUGGGACAUGUGGUUGGGGUAGUAGAUAUCUGGGCCAAAGUGAUGCCAACAGCCAGAUUAGCGGACACCGGUGUGGUCACCGGGUGAGCAGGGACAGCCGGGGUACUGCAAGGGCGCAACAGAACAAUAAGGCUGUGAUUAUGCACGUGUCCCCAGAGGAUAUAUAUUGUUGCCCAUUCAGCAGCUGUGGGAAUAUGUAUGGCAAGUCAUCCCACCUCAAAGCCCACUUGAUACGUUUUGUAAAGGCGCACACUGGCGAGAGGCCAUUCCAGUGUACCUGGUCAGUGAGAUUUUCGCAUUCAGAUGAGUUGACGUGCCACUACUACACACAUACUGGGGAGAAGCGCUUCACCUGCCCGCUAUGUGACAAACAUGCACUCCCCCACCAGGCUUCCACUCCAUCACUUCUUCAGGGCCCAACUGUCAGAAGACACCGCUCCUUUGCCUCCCUCUCCGACUCUGGAGACCAGAGUCCAACUGGUAUGUGA